AAGCAACAUAUGAAAAACACAAAGCAAAAACAACUUUUCGUAAGCAAUCUAAGUAAAUCUGAAGUAAAUUAGCAGUGCUAUCGGGAGAAGAAAAGUCGCACCAACUGAUGCAAAUGGUGCAGCCGUCAUCAGCAGGUGCUGCCUGAAUUGAUAUCGAGACAUUUCGUCACAAUCACGGUCCGGUGAUAAGAGAGCAAUCCGCUAGUGUACUUGAAUCGAACGGCGAUUGUGGGGAAGGUUGAUAAAAAGCCCCGUUUGGUGUGCUGGUUGAGUUGAAUCCGGCCGAACAGGAUGGCAGAACCGAUUGUGCUGCCGCCGGACGUAAAUCCAGAAAACAAUCCCAUCCCCGGUGCGCCACUAAUCAAUCCCGCUCGACCGAGAAACAAUGUUCAGAACCCCCUGAUUAAUGUACGCGAUCGGCUGUUUCACGCACUGUUCUUCAAGACGGCCAUUGCUUACGCGCAGACCAUACCACGACCGGUUCGGCGUGCGAUUGAGCUAAUGAUGCUGUUGAAAGCGUUGACGGCGUUUUUCAUCCUUGCCUACAUUCAUGUUCGCUUUUCGCAAACACCAACGACGUGCCUGGAGCACGUGAAAGAUCACUGGCCACGCGAUGGCAUUUUGCGUGUGGAAAUUGCAAGCCUUAGCCAAAGUGAGUACGACACAAACAAGCCACCGUCCUCGGAGAUUCUCGACGAGGGAGAUGUGAAUGUGCUGCGGAACACGCUGAAGAACGGAAUGAUCAGUAUUGAUCCUUCGACGACGCUUCCCCACGAAGAGGAACACAAUCAAAACGGUGCGGACGUGUUGGUGCAGCACAGUUAUGCCAACAGCAGUCCGCUACCGAACGAAAAGGCAUCGUACGGACACGAACCGAUGACGUCGGAUCUUUAUUCGACCACGCGGCAGGAUAAUGCUGUUGUCACCGAGAAUCUUACCGGAGUGACUAUAAACAGUACACCGUUUCCGGGUGGUGGAGCAAUCGAAGAGAAUGAGCCUGAUUCUGUUCCGAAGGAAGCCAAUCAUGUUUCAAUGUCCGUGGAAGCGAAUGCGGCACACCAGCAGGACAAUGUGGUAGUGUAUACCAAUGAAACCAUCAAUAAAUUGCUGGAUGUUCACCCAACAGUUCUCGGCGGGGAGGAAUUGAAGUCAGAUGUACCGGUCAUGGAAAAACUGCGUAAUGCUGUGCUAUCAGCCGACCAAUACAUCGUGGAAUAUUCACUCGAGUAUGGAUUUCUACGACUUUCGGCUGCAACAAGGCAGCGGUUGAACAUUCCGGUGGCGGUCGUACGACUCGAUCCUCAGGUGAACAAGUGUUUCGGUGAUUCUUUCAGCCGGUUGAUUUUGAAACAUUUCCUCGGCUACGAUGAUAUCUUGAUGGCAUCGGUUAAGGUGCUGGCCGAACAGGAAGACAACAAGGGUUAUCUGCGAAAUGUUAUCACCGGUGAACACUUCCGGUUUGUGUCGGUCUGGUGGAUGGGUCGUGGAUCGUACACUGCUGCAUUCUUUAUAAUGGUUCUAUUCACAAUUUCAAUAUCCAUGCUGUUACGCUAUUCCCAUCAUCAGAUAUUUGUGUUUAUAGUGGAUUUGCUUCAAAUGCUGGAAUUUAAUAUACCUGUACGAUUUCCUGCUGCUCCGUUGCUGACUGUUAUAUUGGCUUUAGUCGGCAUGGAAGCCAUCAUGUCGGAGUUCUUCAACGACACCACGACCGCGUUCUACAUCAUCCUGGUGGUUUGGUUCGCCGAUCAAUACGAUGCAGUUUGCUGUCAUACAAAUGUCACUAAACGUCACUGGUUGAGAUUCUUCUAUCUAUAUCACUUCUCCUUCUAUGCUUACCACUAUCGCUUUAAUGGACAGUAUAGCAGCUUGGCGUUGUGUACUUCUUGGUUGUUUAUACAGCACUCGAUGAUCUACUUCUUCCACCAUUAUGAACUGCCCGUCAUCAUUCAGCAAGCCCAGCUCCAGCAGAUCCUCAUCCAAACGCGGAAUGAUCAGGCACAAGCUCAGCAAGGCAACUUCCAACAACGGCCCCAACAACAGCAGCAGCGUCCAAACGCCCCUAACCAACAGCAACCCAACCGCCGUCCGAAUCAACGCCCGCAAGGACUGGCGGCAGCCGUGGCCCAAAACUAUAGUCUUCAGUGGACAAAUUUUCUCCGUUUGUUGCGGCUUCAAAACGAUAACAACAACAACAUCGGCGACAUCCUGAAUCGCCUUCCGCGCUACAGUUUGCACACGUUGAACGUGAACAAUAUUAAUGGGUUAAAUGCAUCGCUGCGGGACAUUGCACGCAAUUCGAUUCAGUAUCUGCGAUCGAACCUGAACGUGGGUAUGGCAAUGCUGGGAGGCAACGCUGCCAUUAACCUCUACAACAACAACAACAACAACGUGUUUGGCAUGCAGCACCGAUUUGUGCGGGCCGCCGUAGGUUUGGUACACAAUCGCAACCCAACACUGCAGGACGCUCCGUUGAAUGACGAUGGUACCGACCUAGACAGGGAUCCGCCAGUUGAUCGACGCAGCAAUUAUCAGCGUAAUUACGAGGAAAACAAUUUCAUUUUCCCAGAGGCGGUACUAACCCCUCAACAGCAGCAGCAGCAGCAGCAACAACAACAGUCGACGGAAGCUCCCCACAGUCACCGGGAUGUGUCGUCCGUUGUUGGGGGUAGCUUUGGCCCAGACGCUGCGGCGUCAUAUCGAUCAACUACGAUCGACGAUCGACAGCAAAAGACUCCGAUCGGUAGCAUUUCGCUGGCGCAGGACGUCAGCGAUGCGCAUUGUGUGGUCAGCAAGCAGCAGCAGCAGCAGCAGCUGCAACAGCAGGGUACUGCUGGGGCCAUUGAAGUGCCAGUCGUUGCCAUCGUCGACCGAGCGACGACCAGCGACGCCACUAGUCAACCACUUUCUAGUAAUAGUCACGAUUCCAGUACCAGCUGCAGUAGUAGAGGGGUGACGGAAAUGAAUGUGCUGGUCGAGACGGAGCAGAACACACUUCGAAGGCGGCAACAGCAAACCGAACCCGCGAAAGCGAAUGAUACAUCCCUAUAAAACUCGAUACACAGCGAAGAGUAUCACAGCGAACGAAACGAGAAUGAGUAACAACUGGUGUGAUGUAUGAUGUAUUUCUGUGUAUUGAUGUUUCACUGUUAGUUUGUUUUGUGUUUCAGUCUGUAUUUUAUUUAAAUGUUUUUAACGCAUUCUAAAAAAGGGUUUAUUUAUACACAACUGUUUACACUACUCAACCAUAUGCUGUUGGUCUCAACGAGCUCAUCCGGUUGGUUGGGUGAAGGACAUGCGCCAGUGUCCUGUAUCGUGCUUGUGAUAUCUAGAAUGGACAAGCUGUAUGUAAAUGACAAGCUACUACUCCGAGAGAUGCCGUUACAUGUACCGAACAAUAAAAAUGACUCUAAACGCCAUGGAAACACUGGAUACAACAAGCAGUUAAAAAUGAAACAAGCGAAUUGAUCGUGGAAACGUCAGUGCGCUUACGAUCGCGAUUAUUUGGGAUUGUCUAUUUAAAGGGACAGCCAGAGAAGAACAUACAUUACUUGUACAUAUAGAAGCGAUGAAUGUUGAAGUUUUUAUCAUACUAAAGUAUAUUAUUAUUUUUUACUAUUCAGUUUUGGCGAAACGAAAGUUGUGAAUGUAAGCAGAGCGAAAGGCGUUUUGUUUUUCUGCUGGGGAACAAACAUAGGGACAUUUCACGAAACAAAGAAUUUAUCAAGACAGUGUAGAGUCAGGCUAGAGUUAGAGUAGCGGAACGGAACGGAUUGACACACUGCUGUUGUACGUCGUUCCGGUUACGUACGGUUUUCGUUUCACCUUAGCCCAAGUUUGUCGUUCCCUGUUCCCCACCAAACAAAAAAAAAACAAGAAUAACGAAAUAAUGCCUAAAUGAGCUUCAUUUUCCGGCUUUCCGAGUUCCCUUACAGUGUUGGGUUAAACAAUUGCAGGCAAAUAAAACAAGCA